UCAAUGAAGUUCUGAGAUGAAAACAAGCAUUUCAUGUUCUCAUCGAGCACCAUAAUUGCAUGAGCAUAUCUGGAAAUGUGGAGAAGCAGGGUGCAACGCUUGUAUCUUUCCAGCUGUCAUUUUCCUUUAAGAUGAUGUAAGGCUCAUCUCCCUAAGAAUGGUCUCCCUCCCCCGUCCAAAGCCUCUCUCAGCACGCUGCAUUCAUUCGCACUACGCUGCUGGUGCUCUGGAGAGUAAGGAUGCUCAAACUUCCCAACGCACCCUCCUUUCCAACUCGAGAAAUGCUGGGUGGGUGCCAGAUACAUGUAGACUAACUGUUCUGAACGGACAGAGAAGGAAGUUGAAGCUGUCUUGGCUGGUGCAGUUUUUCAUUUUUUAUAAGCAGAACUUAUUUUUGGAUUUUCAGCUGGAGGUUACAUGAGCUGCACAAUUGGUUCCCAUGGUGUGCAUCGCCAAAAUGGCCCUGACUGAAAAUUGCAGGACUUAUCAAACGCCCAAGGACAGUGGAUGUGCUCAGAGUUGCUCUUCAGAUGUGGUUGAGCUCAAUGUAGGUGGACAGGUGUACUACACGCGCCAUGCCACCCUCACCAGCGUGCCAAACUCACUGCUGGGUAAAUUAUUCUCCACUAAAAAGGACAUUUCCAACGACCUCGCGCAGGACAUCAAGGGACGCUUCUUCAUUGACAGGGACGGAUUUCUGUUUCGAUAUGUGCUGGACUAUCUCCGAGAUAAGAACGUCGUCCUGCCGGAUUAUUUCCCGGAGAAAGGGAGGCUGAAACGGGAGGCUGAGUUCUUCCAGCUGCCCGAGCUCGUCAAAAUCCUCACCCCAGAUGAUUACACUCACAGUGAUUUUGACGAAGCGUCCCAGGGAAGCGAUCAGAGGUUGUUCCCCGCGUCUUACCUGGACGCGCGCGAUCGGCGCUACGGCUUCCUCACGGUGGGAUACAAGAGCUCGUGCGCGUUCGGGAGGGACGCUGAUCCAAAACCUCGAGGAAUACCCAAAAUCUUUAUUUGCGGAAGGGUCGGUCUGGCUAAAGAAGUUUUCGGGGACGCGUUGAACGACAGCCGGGAUCCUGACCGACCACCUGAGCGAUACACUUCCCAGCUUUACCUCAAGUUUCGCCACCUGGAGCGAGCGUUUGAUAUGCUCGCGGAGAGCGGAUUCCACAUCGUCGCGUGCAAUUCAUCACUCACCACAUCUCCUCACAACAGACACACAGACGACAGAAACUGGUCCAAUAACACGGAGUAUGUCUUCUACCGUGGCCCAUCCGGAUGGUCUUCUUCUCACUGCGACUGCUGCUGCAAGAGUCACAAGAGCGAGCGCGAGGGUGAGAGCGGCACUUCCUUCAACGAGCUCUCCACUUCCUGUUCCGAGUCCCAGUCAGAAGCCAGCUCUCCCCAGGAAACGGUCAUCGUGCGUCCGGUCACCCGCCAGCCCAACAUCCAGACUUUGGACCGGCCGGUGAAAAAGGGUCCGACCCCAAUUCCCAGGAGAACUGAUCUGCUUCGCGUGCGGACCACGGGGCCACGUGACGUCAUGGCAGGGAAGAGGAAACCGGCCAAGGAGAAGCUGACCCCAGAGCAGGAGCUGGAGAAAUGCAUCCAGGACUUCCGACGGAUUAAAAUUCCAGCACGCUUUCCGGAGAGGAAGUACAUGUGGCAGUCGGAGCUCUUGAAAAAAUAUCAGCUCUGAAAUGAUUUCCUGCAGGCUCACUGAGCCUAUUAGUGCAACACAACAACGCGCAUAAGAUGACAUCAUAAUUCUUCUUUGCUUGGGCUUAAUUGGCUCGUCUGUGUAAUCAUGCAGCAAGAUGCACAAUUAACAAUUCAGUGAACCUCAAGUGACUCCUAAAGGGACCAGUCCUGUUUUGCUAGCAAGCACAAUGACAUUAAACUCUAAACCGAUUUCACAGCGUCUAGACAAACCUCUCAAGUAAAAAAACAGAUUGUACUGUAUAUAUACAAAAUAACCAAGUGUGUAUUACCCGUUAAUGCUCAAAGUUGGCGCACGGACAGCACUUUUGUACGGCAUUCCACCUGUUAAUGCAGCGCACAUCAGAGAACUGUAGGAUUUGUAUGUGAAUGCGGUUUGCAUCAUCCGAUACUGUGUUCAGCUUAUGGAGAGUAUCAAUACAAAUCGACCCUUUAUUUAAAGAGUUUAAAGGUGCGGUCAUGUUUACCAUUGCUUGACAAAAUUGCACAAGCAAAAUCCAUUCAUUCCAAUGCAAAAAAGGUGGUCGAAUGAAUUUUAUGCGCUGGUUUGAAAGUGACUUCUGUGUGAGCUGUAUUGACAAUGGACCUUCUUUUCACACGAAAUUUCGUGAUCGCACCUUAAGAAAGCACAAGUGAGUAUGUUCUUGCGGUAGAUGCAUGUUAUUUCACUCAAAUAGAGUAAUGGCUCAUAUCAAUGCAUUUAAUUUGUGAUGUGAUCUACAUUAUUCACCAAACACCAUUCACCAUUCAUCCAAACCCAGCUGAAACACACCAGGACGAUCGGACUGAAAUAUUAGGCUGUUUCUGUUUGUCAUUGUGAACAUUUGUGCUGAGACUUUUGAUUUUGCUUGUGGGUAUACGAGGAUUUUUUUUGUUGUUCUGAAUGUGCAAUGAAUCAUUAAAUGAACUGGGUUUAAAGUACAGUUUGUUCAUUUGAGUUGUUCUAAUCCUGACACAUUGCAAUGCUGCACCUCUUACGGUUUUUACAUUAAAGUAGGCGCAG